AUGGCAGCACCUCUCGGCCCUCUGUCUGAUCCAGGGGCAGAAAUCAGCCUCCUGGAAAUCAACCAGGAGCUUCAAUCCCAGCUGGAAAAAAGCCGGCAGGACUUCCGAGACCUCAAGGAGAAAUUCCUGAUAUCCGAAGCUACUGCCUACUCCCUGGCCAACCAGCUGCAGAAAUACAAGUGUGAAGAGUCCACCGACAUCAUCGAAUCCGUGCUGGGGGAGAAGGUGCGGUUUGAGAAGGGGAAGCGGGCAGACACGGUGGCUGAGAACCUCAGGCUAUGUCAUAUCCUACUUAAAGAGCUGACCCGUUUGUAUCAGAAGUUAUGGGAAGGGAAAGACAUUUCCCAACUACUCAAUAAGCACCUCGAGGACCUCCUAACCCAUGGUGACCCUGAGCAUCCCCAAGGGCCGGGCUUCCAAGAGCAACUGGCUGAGGGGCGCAGGCUGCCCAAGUGCCUUGUCCGAAAGCUCAGCGCAGAGAAUUAUGAGGAUGAGGAGGAUGAAGAAGAACAAGAAACCCUCACUCCCAGCAUGGAGCAGCAGGAAGUUGAAAAGAAGGAAGUCCUACAGGACACAGUGGAUGAGUGUGUUUUGACUCCUUCAACUCUGCAAGAAGGUUGUGAGAGCGACCAGUCCUACAGUGAUGGCGAAUUCCCAUUAGAUGAACAGGAAUUCGGCUCUGCUCUGGACUUAGCCUGUGAAUGCUCCCACACCCAAGGGGAUGAAACUCCACGUGGUCCCCCAGAAAACCGAAUUGAUCAGGAGGGGCUGAAAGGACAAGAGUCAGCUGCCCCCAGGCUCAGCAGACAGCUGGUAGAGGUGGUAGAGCAGGACAUCUCAAGGGACUCUCAGGAUGAACACUGCUUGACACAUUCCGUUCUUCCCGACCUGUCUGACUCCUACUGGCCUUACAGGAGCGCCGCCAUCUUCCUACCUGAGGAACUGGAAGUCUGUUCCUCUCUGGAAGGGACCAAAAAUCAAUUCCAUCAGGAGGAGGAAGAAGACCAGGACCAGAUAUGCCCCAGGUUCCCCAGGGAGCUGCCAGUGGCAGAAGAGAAUGAAGUCCCACAGGACUCACUGGACGAACGUUAUUUGACUUCUUCAGUUGGCCAUGACCUGCCAGACACCUGGAGGCCGUAUGCAAGUGCCUCAUCCAUAACUGAUAAGCUGGAAACCUUCCUGGGUCUGGAUGCAGAUGCUCCGAUGCAGGCUCCCUGUCACCAAGGGCCAUCAAGUGGAAACUGGACUUUCCAAAGAGCAGAGGUGCAAACUUCAGGAGCACAGACACAGCCAAGCACCCAGGUGGCCAAUAUUCUGACACCGCAGCUGGACCAGCAGUUGGAUUGUGGUGACAACAGAGCCAGGCUCGGCCUCUCCUGCACCCUCGGGAGCCUGGAUGCCAAGAUGGGUUCUGGGAACCAAUGGCCCCUCUUCCAAGAGCUGGGGUUGGAAGCUUCCAUCUGCAUGAAGAACCCUCCCAAGCUGGAUGGGGCUGCAGAGGGCUCAAGGGACAGCCAGUGUGGGUGUCACGUCUUGGGCCCCAUGAAAGCCCUCGGUGCCAUGAGACAGAAGAUUAUCAAGAGGAAACUGCAGUUCGGCAAGUGGAGACUCGCAAGCACAUUCCGUGGCCUUCAAGCUUAG